UCUACUUAAUGAUAAUGAAACCAUCUGUAAACACAAAAGACAUUGCUUUCAGCUGUGUGCUAAGUUGAGCUGAUAGAUACCACGUCUGACCCCCACAGCCCCUGUUCCAGGUCCCUAAAUGGGGACUUUUGCUCCUCCCCCAUCUAACAUUUAAGGGUCGACUGAGUGGAGGGCCUGGACACCCCUAGGCUAGCGUCUUGGAUAUGGGGAGAAGCAAGACAUGGAGUGACUCCAGCCCGCCCCACUACCACCACAGCACAGCAAGGUGGAUGCCUAGGAGACAAGCCAACGGUGUGAGGGGCCCCGGGUUGGGGGGGGGGUGUCCCGGUCGUCAUCGUCUUUGUGGUCCCUGGAGGCUGGGGAUCCCGUGUCACCCCCCUGUGGGUUGCCUUGCCGACUCUCCAAAGUGCAGAAAAAAGUGUCAGCAGAUGCCGUGAGAAUUCUCCAGCGCUUUGUCGGUGAGAUGAGAGUACUGUCAGUAUGAAAUGCCACCUUUUCUUGGUUGUAAGAUGGCUGUUGGAGAUUGAAUCCCACCCCCCACGGAAGGCAUAUUCAGUCCCAGCCCCUGGUCCCAUGGGGGUGAGCUCAUUUGUAAAUGUUGGUAGUUAAGGAGUGGCCCAGACUGAAGGAGGCUGGGCAGUAACCCGAUCUAGGACAGGAGUCCUUCGAAACCAGGGAAACUGGAGACAGAAAGAGAAGCCACGGGAGCAGCCGGAAAGUGAGGAGGAGAAAGGAGAAGAGGCCGCCCAUGUGUGCUGGCAGAAACACAGCAAAGCCCGGGAGCCACAGAGAUCGCCGGCAGUGGGAGGGGGCCUGAGAAUUCCUGUGGCUCAGCCCACCCACCGCCCAUCAUGUGGGAUUUGCUUCAGCAGCUGGGAGCCCCAGCCAGUGGCAGAGAUGGCCUUCCGGAGCAGUACUACAGCCUCACCUGGUUCCUGAGCCCCAUCUUCGGCCUCAUCUGCACGCCCCUCAUCGGCUCCGCAAGUGACCGCUGCACCCUGAGCUGGGGCCGCCGGCGGCCGUUCAUUCUUGCGCUCUGCAUCGGUGUCCUCUUUGGCAUCGCGCUUUUCCUUAAUGGCUCUGCCAUCGGUCUGGCCCUCGGCGACGUGCCCACCCGGCAGCCCAUCGGCAUCGUCCUCACAGUGCUGGGGGUGGUGGUCCUGGAUUUCAGCGCAGAUGCGACCGAGGGGCCCAUCCGUGCCUACCUGCUGGACGUGGUGGACAGCGAGGAACAAGACAUGGCCCUCAACAUCCAUGCCUUCUCUGCCGGCCUCGGAGGGGCCGUUGGCUACGUGCUGGGAGGCCUGGACUGGACCCAGACAUUCCUGGGCGACUGGUUCAAGACGCAGAACCAGGUCCUCUUCUUCUUCGCGGCCGUCGUCUUCACGGUGUCUGUGGCCCUCCACCUCUUCAGCAUCGAGGAGGAGCAGUACAGCCCCCAGCAGGAGCGGGGCGCCGACGAGGCCGACGUGCCACCUGGCGCCAAGCCCGGCCCCCCGCCCUCUGCCGCCCGUGCCAAUGCCCUCGACGGGGGUGAGCCGUACGGCGCGUCUCUGUUUUCAGACGAGGUGCAGUCGGAGCAUGAGCUUGGCCUGGAUUAUCUCGACGUGGCUAUCGUGAGGAGCAAGAGCGACUCGGUGCUCCACGUGCCAGACGCGGCCCUGGAGGUGGAGCCCGAGCUGCUGUUUCUGCACGACAUCGAGCCGUCCAUCUUCCACGACGCCUCCUGCCCCAGCACUCCCCGCAGCACCAGCCAGGAGCUUGCUGCGGCCAGGCUGCCCCACCUGUCGGCAUGCCUCGGGGAGAGCGCGAGGGAUGACGACGCGCUGCUCAAUACUCACUUGAACGAAGCUAAAGUCCCAAACGGAAGUGGCUCCCCGCCAAGAGCCGUCCUCGGUGGCCACGGCAGGGUGGGCGGGAAGCCCUCGGCCGCGGCGAGCUGCACGCGGCGGCGCCGGCACGUGUCCCACCGGCAGGCCUCCAGCACCUUCUCCUACUACGGCAAGACGGGCUCGCACUGCUACCGCUUCCGGCGCGCCAACGCCGUGGUGCUCGCCAAGCCCUCGCGCAGCAUGAACGACCUCUACGACCUGCGGCAGCGGCAGCGGCAGCGGCGCCGGCACCGGAACCAGAGCGGCGCGACCACCUCGAGCGGGGACACGGAGAGCGAGGAGGGCGAGGGCGAGACCAGCGUGCGGCUGCUCUGGCUGUCCAUGCUGAAGAUGCCCCGGGAGCUGCUGCGCCUGUGCCUCUGCCACCUGCUCACCUGGUUCUCCGUCAUCGCCGAGGCCGUCUUCUACACCGACUUCAUGGGCCAGGUCAUCUUCGAGGGGGACCCCAAGGCACCUUCAAAUUCAACCGCUUGGCACGCCUACAACGCCGGAGUGAAGAUGGGCUGCUGGGGCUUGGUCAUUUAUGCUGCCACUGGUGCUAUUUGCUCAGCCCUGCUACAGAAGUACCUGGACAACUACGACCUGAGCAUCCGCGUCAUCUACGUGCUGGGGACGCUGGGCUUCUCUGUGGGCACGGCCGUCAUGGCCAUGUUCGCCCAUGUCUACGUCGCCAUGGCCAUGAUCAGCACCAUGGGUGUUGUCUCCAUGAGCAUCUCGUACUGCCCCUACGCCCUGCUGGGCCAGUACCACGAGACCAAGCAGUACGUCCACCACAGCCCCGGCAACUCCAAGCGGGGCUUCGGCAUCGACUGCGCCAUCCUCUCCUGCCAGGUGUACAUCUCCCAGAUCCUGGUGGCGUCGGCCCUCGGGAGCGUGGUGGAUGCCGUGGGGACGGUGCGCGUCAUCCCCAUGGUGGCCUCUGUGGGCUCGUUCCUGGGCUUCCUGACGGCCACCUUCCUGGUCAUCUACCCUGACGUGUCCGAGGAGGCCAAGGAGGAGCAGAAGGGCCUGUCCUCCCAGCCCACGGGCGACGAGAAGCCCACCGUCCUGAAGCUCUCGCGGAAGGAGGUUCUCCAGGGACCGGUGGAGACGGAGUCGAUGGUCUGAGGCGCUCGGCUCGCGCGCUCCGCGCCAGGGCAGGCGGGUCGGGAGGGAGGCCGAGGCCCUGUGCGCGGCCUGCACUUGCUGUUGCUGAAGGCACCCCCAGGCCAGAGCUCAUCCACGAGCUGCGGUUGAAAUCCAGUAGUCGUAGGUGGGUUUGAGCCACAAGGCAGAAAUUCCACACUAAUUCCUGUUUCCCCAAUUAAAAAAAAAUUUGAAAUCCUUUUUUUUUUUUUUGAUUGAAAAAGGUCUUUUAAUUUCAACUCUUUUUUCUGCAGGCAUAUUAUUCUGCAUGUUUUAAAAUUGUAAAACAGAUUUACAGUAGAGACAAUAAGCUAUUUAGAAAAAAAUAAGAUUUUGCAUUUCUAAGAUUAUAAUUGAAAGCAAAACAAUUCUGACGUCCUUCGCGAUGUCCCAUCUGAACCCUUCGGGUAACAGCUGCGCAGUCGGUGACUAAACACUGUCAUCAGAUUUGCUCUCUGGGCGCCCACCGGCAUUUGGACCUUGGGUGUCAGCCUCACCACGUUUUGUUGGUGCUGCAGCUGUUGGAGAGUAUUUUUAUGAUUAUCUUAGAAAAAAACUAUUUCGUAAUGCGGUUUUCUCAGAAGAACAGCAUCUCCUCUUUCCUCGGAGUCUGACCGGUGCGCGCGGGCGGCCCCGACCUCGGGCAAGGGCAGGUCUCACUCGAGUGGGGGGACAGCUGUUCGCAGAGGAGAUCCCAGCCCCCGGCCGGCGUGCAUGCAAGUGCGUGUGUGUGCGUGAGCGUGCGAGCCCCGGCCCGAUCCUGUCUGUCUGAACACCCCACCCUGUCAUCGGACUCCUCUCCCUGCACUUUCAUUUGUCUUUCAACCAUCUGUUGGGGAAGUCACGCGAGCCGAGCCCCAGGCAGAGCGUGGCCUCCACAGCCCCACACCAAGGCCUACCUCGGGGGGCGUGUGCGCCCCCGCAGCACCCCCUCCCGCUGUGAACUCCGCCGACUCCUCCGCUGCCCACCCUGCCCGAGGCUGGGGCGGAGGCGUGUGGCACAGGCAGGUGCCGUGUGUCCAUCCCAGCGUCCAAGCGGAGCCUGGACUUCAGGGGAGUGCAGUCACCAAAUGCUGCCGCUGUUUGGAAAUGCUUUUCAAACCACAACCUCUUUAUACCAGUUUAUGCUCUUCUUACUGGAAUUCCAGGAGGAGAGGGCGUCUCCUGUACAGCAAGCGGAUGAACGGAGACGACUGUGACACUCUUGCUGCCUCAAGCUGAUGUUUUUUAAAUAAAGUACUUUAAAUGCAUGAGAAUCAUGCUGCAAUAUGAUCGUUCUAAAGCAAAUAUAUAUAUAUAUAUUUCAAAAUGAAACUAAGCCGUUUUUCAAUAAACUACUUGAAUUUUCUCUGUA